AUGGAUUGCAAGUUGCAACAUGUUCUUGCCCCGUAUGUUGUGGCUAGGAGGGCCGUGAAGCGAUACGGCUGCUGUCGGGGUGCAUCAAAUAGUAUUAAUGUGGACUGUUCAGCGUCAACCUGCCGGGGUCGUUUUGAAGAAGAUUUUUGUGGUAUUGAGUCCGUGGCAGAUGCAGGACCAGCAGGCUUUGGCCACAACGACCAGCACACGGAGAGGGGUUUGGACGUUGAGUACUUUCCAGCUUCUCGUUUGAGCGGUAGAUACGUUCUGGUUUAUUUGACUUCACCGUCUGGGUCUUCGUUUACCAACCAUGGGCCUGAUUGUGUGAUGCGGACAACAGAAAGCUUAUGCUCGCCUUUGCUGACGGCUUCUCCUCGCGUUGGAACGCCUGUGCCGAGUGCCAGUUCAUCAACUGGGAGGGGAUCUAGUGCGUCUCUUCCCAUUCUGACUCAGGAGAAGACUGGUACUUCACCUUCCGCGCCGCUAUGCCCUGUGGCGUCCUUGCUCUCGCGUUUCUGCAUAUAUUUUGGCUGUCAAACAGAAAGCAGGGAUGCUGAGCGUAUGUCCCGUUUUGUUGUGUUGGAGGUGCGGCAGGGGAUAAGUGUGGAGCCGAGGUGGGAAUCUUUGCACAACAUGGAAACUAGAAACAGGGCGUCGGCGUCUUUUGGGGAUGCUGGCGCUAUAUCCUUCUCAAGGGCUGUUUCGCCGAAGGGAGUCGAUGGAGCCGCAUUUACUGAAGACUUCAAGGUCAAUGAUGCGCUUACAGAUCUUUCCACUGCGGACCAAAAAUUUGGUGGUUGGUUUUAUCUUGAAAACUCAGCGGCAUAUAGGUGUGUCAUUCAGAAAUACAAUGUUUCUUCUUGGCCGGCGAUUUUACUUUUUGAUCCGGCGGGGGAGCUUUUAACGGCACGGGCGUAUGACCAUAUAGAGCGUGAAAUCUCUACCCUUAGCACGAGCGACGACCCAAACAUAUUAGCGGUAGUAGAUUCGAGGGCAGAGCAACACAUGCAAGAAGUGGUGGGGAUAGGUCCUUAUGCAGGUUUUCGGUCUGGAUUUCCCUGGAUGACACCAGAUGCGGGGCGUGAUGAGGACAGGGGAUCGAAUGCGGUUGAUGACGAGGUAGAGGGGGCACCACUUUUGUCUCUUGUCAGGUGGUUGUUGCGGCACGCACGACGCGUCGGGGAGAGUUGUGAAGUGGGUGCAACUUACCCGCCGGAAGACUCGUGUAAUGUGCCCGAGCAACGUUGUCUUGACUCGUGCAUGGAUGGAGCCACGCACCUUGCACUGUACUUUGGUGCCGUCUGGCACCCAGCGACCAAACGUUUCUUACCCAAGCUAAAGCGUUUAUGGUCAGCCGCCUGCGAAGGUGGUGAUGACUGCUGUGUACUUGACGAUGACGCUGGCCGAAACAGUUCUGACGGUGAGGGGGCUGCCGCUUGGGAAGGGGGAAAAAGGGCGUUGAGUGCGUUUGUCGCCGACACUGGGAGCCUCUAUGAGCCUCUGGGCAUCGAAUCGUGGAGAAGGGGAAUGACAAAUGACGUCUGUGCUAGUGUCAGCACAGCGGAUAGCGAUGCGCCAUACAUACCAUCCCGAUGUUCGGCUGUGGAAACGCCAAUGGGUUCACCCAAAGAGCACCCGCCAUCCUUUCAGAGCCCUACACCGACAGUCGAAGGCCCGCUGGUUUCACCUAGGGUGUUUCGUAGUGAGUUAGCAGAGGAGAAACAACCCGAGGGAUCUCAUCACUUCCAAGUAGUGUUUGUCAGUUGCGAUAUGGACGUGUCCCAGUUGAAGUCUUCGCUCACUUCCAUGCCGAGUUCGUGGCUAUUCGUCUCGUCCGUCCUGGCACCUCAAGCACAGGGUGUGAUCAGGGCCUGCUUGGAGUUUUUCGAUGUCCGCGUGUUUCCACGCCUCGUGGUGCUGGACACGUCGCAUCGAGUCGGCUUGCAGCAUGAUGACGGUGGGUUGUCCAAGGUGUGGUCGCGAUAUCCAAUAGCUUUGAAGGUUGUACGCUCGCACGGGGAGAGAUCUGUUCUGAAUGGAAGUGGUUUGAGAGAGUUGCUUUCCGGAGAUGAUCUUAACGACAACGUGGUUCCACAGAGAGAGGCGAGCACGGGGGAGUGUGGCAUCGAUGGCUCCGCCAGGCUGCUUGCCCAUGGCAUCAUCACUAACGAGUUGUUGCACCAAGGCUAUUUGCAUUCUAUGAUGAGGUCUGUCCUUGGGCAAGGAGGAUCUCUUUUUGUGCUUUGCUGCAUCGGAAGUAUUUGCCCCGAUCUCCACCAGGAGUGUGUGGCUUCUUUGCGUGAAGCGUGCACGUCUUGGGCUCAGGAAACGGGACGGUUCUCUGAAGGGGUGCCGAGGCAUACGCUAGGUUCGUUAACACUAGGAAAACCGUCGCAAAUGACAGUAAUGGAGGCAUCAACGGUGUGUGCAGGGGAUUUAACAGGGCCAGCUACUCUUGCUACUGUUUCCCCACUCUCGUGUUUUAUAAGGGCCGAUUUGACGAUUAGCAAUAGUGGGAGGUCGAGCGGGGAGGUGGCCUCACCUCCUCUGGAGCGUGUCACGACGAGUGUGGAUGACAACCGCUCAUCGGCCGUUUAUUUUGUGGAUGCCAUCAGUCUUGUGCGGGGACAUGAAGGCAACAGUGGAGAAGGGGCAGGGGAGGGAAUCACCCGAAGUGGGCGUCGAAGCGAACUUUGCACAGAGGGGGGUUUGUCGCAGGAAGAUAAGUCACUGCUUCAAGAAUAUGUAAUCUCAGAAGUUUUGGAAGCCAAUGAGCAUUUCGUACCACCAUUUGAAGGCGAGCCUUUUCUAGUCUACUUGCAGUGGCCUGAGCGGCGUGUGGAUGUACUUCGACGCAUCGAUGACUCUGAGCCACCCUUGAAUACGGGUGGUCCUUCGGCGCGGUCCCCAUCUGUCACUGCUUCUGCUAACACCUUGAUCCCGGCUUCAGGGACUCCAUCGCCCGGCGCAGUGGAGGUCGGAGCUCCCGCCGAGGUUCCCCGCAGGUCGCCGCUAUGCUCAUCCGCACUGGUGAAAUCGUUCAUUGUGCGGUGUAACAUGAAGCGAACUUGUUAA